AUCUACCGCGGAAAGGAUCAUGUCGAUCUCGCCCGUGAUUUCACCUACAUCGACGACAUCGUGCGCGGCUGUCUCGCCUCCCUCGACACCUCCGGGAAGUCCACCGGCUCCGGCGGGAAGAAAAGCGGUCCGGCGCCAUACCGCAUCUUCAACCUCGGGAAUACCUCUCCGGUCACCGUUCCGACUCUCGUCUCCAUCCUCGAGAAACACCUUCGGGUUAAAGCGAAGAGGAAAUUUAUAGAGAUGCCCGGUAAUGGCGACGUUCCCUUCACGCACGCCAACAUCACUCGCGCCAUGGCUGAGCUCGGAUACAAACCUAGCACGAAUCUUGAAGCCGGAUUGAAGAAAUUCGUCAAGUGGUAUGUAUCUUACUACGGUCGUUCGUCGCGAGGUGGACGGAAGACUAAUCUGUAAAUUUCUUUUUUUGGUUUACUCUAUUUUGGCUGAGAAUUGAGGAUUCCUUUAUUUCAUGCUAUAAUUUUUGGGAUUGUUAGGGGGUUUCAUCGUAGUUUGGAAACAAAAUCCAAUUUGUAUUGUAUGAUUACUAUUACCAUUUGAUUC